AUGUCCAAAGGUCUGAACGGCUCCUCGGCGGCGGCGGGGCUGCUGGCGGGGGCCGGGGGAGCGGCGCUGGAGCUGGAGCGGGCGCUGCGCUGCUGCACCGCCGCCUCCGUGGUGACCGACGGCAGCGGCGCGGCGGGCGACGAGCGCAGCCUGUACAUCAUGCGGGUGGUGCAGAUCGCCGUCAUGUGCGUGCUGGCCCUCACCGUGGUGUUCGGCAUCUUCUUCCUCGGCUGCAACCUCCUCAUCAAGUCCGAGGGCAUGAUCAACUUUCUGGUCAAGGACCGCCGCCCGUCCAAGGAGGUGGAGGCGGUGGUGGUGGGGCCGUACUGACCGCAGCGCUGAGCCCUCCCGGGCUCGGCUCCCAGCUUUUCCUUCUGAAAAAAACAGCAGCCCGAUGGAUCCGGCGUGCCGGAGGUCGGGACAUGCUCGGGGUGGCCGGAGCCGCCCAUCCCGGCCCGUCCCAGCCCGGCCCGGCCCGGCCCG